AUGGUAAACCCGGCAAAGGAAAUCACCUUCGGGGCAGCAGCAGGAUGUGUGGGCAAGAUCAUCGAAUUUCCCUUUGAUACCAUAAAAGUUCGCCUCCAACUGGCACACGCCCACCUGUCGACGCUCAAUGUCACCUCUUCAACAUUCCGCAACGAAGGUUUCUUCAAUGGCUUCUACAAGGGCAUACGGGCACCGAUGAUCGGCGCAUGCAUGGAGAAUGCUGUUUUGUUUUCGGCUUUUCAGUAUGGCCAGGAAAUGGUUCGAAAGUUCACGACCUUGCACCCAUCGAGUCUCCUUGGGGUAUGUGCCUCUGGAGCGUUUUCUGGUUUUGCUGCUUCUUUCGUGUUGACGCCAGUAGAGCUUGUGAAGUGCAAACUACAAGUGUCCAAUCUUCACAGCCACUCGAAAAGCGAGUCCUACGGGUCGGUGGUGCAAAAGAUCAUCAAAAGAGAAGGUUUACCUGGACUAUGGCAUGGGCUCAGCUCUACGUUGCUAAGAGAAAUGGCAGGCACCGCCGUGUGGUUUGCUACGUACGAGGAGACGCUAGCUUUUCUACGAAAGAAUAAUGGUGGAUCAGAAAACACCAACCUUUUGGCCUCGGGUGCUGCAGCUGGAUUCAUGUUCAACUUGUCGAUUUUUCCAGUGGAUACCAUCAAAUCGGUGAUUCAGACGCACGAUAUCACCCUGAGGACUCACGGGAAGCUUUCAUUUGCCGAAGCGUUUGCAAAGUUGGCUGCUAGAAAGGGCGGGAUUUUGAAUUUGUACAACGGACUUUCGAUCACCUUGUUGAGAUCAAUCCCUGCCAACGCCGUCAUCUUUUACGUUUAUGAGUACUUGAAGACAAACUUUUAA